UUCUGUUUUGUUUCACUCACCAAAACGACGUUGUUUGGGAGUAAUUCUCCAGGAAAAUCAGUCUAGAAGAGAGGAUCCGAACGCCAGAACCAGUAGAGUUGAAAGCAUCGUCUCUGCAGCAAAUCUCUGCACCGCACCAUCAUCAAGGUGUGGUAGAAAACAUUGUUGCUGCCAUGGCUGCAACGAAGACUCGGUCGAGUAGUUUCUCUCGCAACAUUUCAGUUGCACCCACUUCUCAGGUCCCUGGACUCAAGUAUGGACCAAAUGGAACAAUCUUUGUUUCGUCCGGAAUACCAGAUCUCGACAAGAUUUUAGGAGGUGGGUUCUCUUUGGGAAGCCUAGUUAUGGUGAUGGAAGACACUGAAGCACCUCAUCAUAUGCUUCUGUUGAGAAAUUUCAUGUCUCAAGGAUUGGUUCAUAACCAACCUCUUCUUUAUGCUAGUCCCUCAAGAGAACCAAGAGCUUUUCUUGGUACUUUGCCCAAUCCAAUAUUAUCUAAAGAUGAUAAAUCUCGUGAGCAUGACAUAGAACAGGAGAAGGGGUUAAGGAUAGCAUGGCAAUAUAGGAAAUACUUUGGGGAACAUCAGCAAAAUUUUGAGGGUCAGAAAGAUGGAAAACCUGAGUACUGCAAUGAUUUUGAUUUGCGGAAGCCUCUAGAGAGGCACUUUCUUAGCGGUCAGCACAUUGAUUGCAUUAGCCUUCAAGGUUCUCAGAAUCUUGCCACUUUCCGUGACUGUUGUUCAGCAUUUUUAGCCCAACUUCCUAGAUUUGAUGGCAACAUAACAUCUGCUGGUCGCAUCACCAUUCAAUCAUUCUGUGCUCCACAAUGUGAAUAUUCCAAUAUGGAAUGGGAAAUGCUUUCCUUUAUCAGAUCUUUGAAAAGCAUGGUUCGGUCUUCAAAUGCAGUUGCUCUUAUAACCUUUCCACCAUCCCUUGUUUCACCAUCCAUUGCAAAGAGAUGGCAGCAUUUGGCUGACACCUUACUAUCCGUCAGAGCAAUUCCAGAUGAGGACAAGGAGUUGGCAAACCUUCUCACUGGUUAUCAGGACAUGGUUGGCCUUCUCAAUGUGCACAAAGUGGCCCGUCUUAACACCCAGUUGGUUGAUUCAAACUUAUCCACAGGUUCCAGUUAUUCUGGAGGCAACAACAUUCUCAAUGAAGCUGAAAAAACGGAGGUCGUUGGUUUUAGAAUGUCUAAAUCAAGCCCCCAUAGAUGGUUCAAGUGGGAGUUCUUAUGGCACGUCUGGUAGCUGUUCUGGGUCGUCUAAGACAGGGAGACUUGAUUUUUAACUGCUUUGUCACAUGGCUAUUAUUUAAAUGCGGUCAAAAUCAAAACGCAAGAACCUCCCUAAAUAUGCAUGUAACAAGGUUGAUUUUAUAUUUCUAUAUUUGAUUGAAUUCUUUUGACCUUGCGCCAGCUUUUACCAUAUGGUCAUGUGAAAUUGGUGAAACAAGUUCAGUCAUGUGCAGGAAAAAUGAGGAUCUACAACAUUGAUUGGAUUCUUUUCUUUCCCAUCCCAUGUCUUGGUUCUUUCAGUAUUUGCAUAUUAUGUGUCACUACAACUGCAAUACCGUUCUAAAUUAUGAAAAAAAACCUUGGUAAACUUUAGUUGGUUUUAUUUAUUUAUUUUUGGAGGAAAUUCUAGUUGUGAA